UGUUUCCUAAUGUUUCUAUUAUAAACAUAUAUUAUUUUUGCAAUUAUAAAACCAAAAAAUUUAUGCCAGCAUAAUGUAUAAAAGCUAGACUGCCACGUUGUCUUUGUAAGCAUGGGGUAGAAAUGAAUUUCCACACAGUAUUUAUUCCAACUUCUAGUGCGCUUCCCUGUACUGCGGAGGCUGGAAAUCCGAAAACCACAUUUUUUGGACUCCCUUGGGGUUCUGGGUGCAAAAUAGAUUCUGCCAGUAGACGGACCUGCAUGGGAAGAAAGCCAUCAUCUUGCAGUUUUGCCCCUCUCUGCUGGGGGCGUUCAGCUCUAGCUCGGAGCUAAGAGGGGGUUGGGCAGAGGCUGUCUCCCCCUUGGAUUGCAGCUAGAGCAAAAGUUCUUGGGGUCAACAACUUUCUGAUUCCCUGCAUUCCUGAUAUCAUGGAGGCUGCUACCCCUUGACAGGCCAGUUCUGCAGUGCUGCUCAUUUUUCUAGAAAUUAUUCCAGGACACAUAGCCCAAAGGCAGGCUUUCCAGCUAUUUUACAAUUAGAUAAAUCUUCCUGUGCCUAAAAUAGCUGAUUUAUUGUUUCCAUGACAGAACCACAACUGACAUAAGGGUUCAUGAGCAAUUUGGGGACCAGCUUGUGCUAAAGGAAAUUUUCUCCUGAAAAUACAUUUUCUUUGACAAGUUGAAUGAAAAUUAUUCAGAGGCAUCGAUGUUUCAAGUUGCUUGGACUCCAUCUGAAUUGCAGAAUGAAGAGUAGAAAUAAUUGGAACCAUUCUGCCAAAUCUAAAAUACAGCUCAGAUCCCCUAAGUAUAAAUGCAACAAGGUCAGAGAUCUCCUCACUUUUAUGAAGAUGUGCAAAUAGAAUCUGGCUUUAAACUUUUUCUACAGCGGAUCUACUUUCUCCAUGAGCCUUACUUAUCUCUAGGGGAUUUGAGGAGGAAUGGUGAGGGGCAGGAUUCAAUCUGCCUGUUUGUGAAAUUUCAGCCUGAUGAACACUUUUUCAUUCUGGUAGCAGCUCAGUCUUUCCGAUUCCUCCCGUUUCUCCAUAGUAUCUGGGUGCACAGGGUCAUGUGGCCUGGUUGUGGUGCAUCCCUCUGCCUCUGGUUUCCCAUAUGAAGUGGCUAGUCUGGCCUCGUCCUUAGACUGAGGACUACCGAGGACCACUGGUCCCAUCUUGGGGGUGGGCCACCAUGUUCUUACCCACUGGUUGAGCCUAUGACUCCAGUCCUUGCCUCUGGUCACAAAUCCCCCUUCACAGUAGCUUCUUUCUUCUUCCUUGAGGCCCCCGUGGGUCUGCUGGUCUUCCCAGGACACUCCCAGCCCCACUGUAGGAUAUCCAGAUCCCUGGCAUGCGCACAGGAGGCUAUGGGGACAGGAGCCUGCCCCAGGCCCAAGAACCCAGUCAUGCCCUCUGCCCGGGGCCCACGCUGCCAUGUUGAUAUGGAGUCCACGAGGAUGUGGGCUCUUCCUGGCCUCCCAAAUAGAGCCCAGGCAAAUACUCCUCUGCUGUCAGCUUUCCUCUGAACACAUCUAACCUGGAUCCAUGCUGAGGUUUCAUUCUUGGAGAGGGGAGGCCAGGGCAUAUGUAACUGUUUCUCUUGGGUUCCCAUCUAUUUGAAUGGAAGGGUGAUGUUUUCACUUCUUCUCAGUUAGGGAAUUUCUCCAUGUCAUAAUCUACUCCCUUCCAAAUAGCUCAAACAAGACACCUGACAGUCAGGCAGGACUUUGUAGAGGAAGGUAACAUGGCUAGGAGGAGACACUCAGAUGGUUAUAGUGGGUGAGUCAGAAAGGGGAAGCUGGGGCAGAAGAGUCCCAGAGGGAGGUUGUAGGAAAGUUGGUUUUGAGUUACCAUCCUUUGGCAAACAGAACAGUUCAGGGUAGUAUUUGGAGGGCAGGCUUGGAACCUGCCCACUUACUAGCUUUGUGACCUUGGGCAAGCUACAUAACCUGCCCAAGGCUCAACUUUCUUAUUUGUAAAGUGGGGAUCAUAAUGGCACUUACCUCAGUGAUUUGCUGUGUUAUAGGAAAUAAUGCCUGUGAAGGCACAGCAGGCACUGGGCUCAGGCUGAUGCACAGCUUGGCUGCCAUAACCAAGGCUGUCAUAAAACUCUCAAAUACUACUGUUGUGAGUACUAAGAGGGAAAACCAGCUGUAAGUACUACCCACAUGUAAGUUGUUACUUGUUGUAUGAUGUAAGUUGGCGAGUUUGGAAGAAGUUGGAGGGUACAACCUCGUCUUCACUGUGAGGCAUGCAUGAAGUAUGAGUGGAUAUGGACAAGGAACUGGAAGUGGAAAGUGAUAGAGAGGGAGUCCCAGAAGAACCGAAAAUGAGUCCAGAGAAACAAGAAGAAACCAGUCAAGGUGAUGUCAAUGAAAGUGCAUUAUUACAGGGUCUGUCCAGCCAUGUGACUCCGUUGGUACCAGAAUUCUUGGACCCAGCACGUAUCCAAGAGAAGGCAUUGGCCCAUGAGGUAAACAACAUACAGCACAUGCCUGCAGAGGAGUCCAGAGGUCCACAGCCCAAGGACAUAGUCCCCCCUGUAUGGGGCGGUAGCAUCUCCAAUUCCUCAGCAAAAACCAUACAGCCCAAGCAGGCUGACAUCCCCAGUUUUUCAGCAAAACCCAUCCUGCCCAAGCAGGCUGAUACUCCAAGUUUGUCAGCAAGAACAAUCCCACCCAAGCAGGCUGACACCCCCAACUCCCCAGAAAAAAUUAUCCCACUCAAGCAGACUGACAUCUUCAAUUUCUCAGCAAAACGCCUAUCACCGAAGCAGGCUGACACCUCCAGUUUUUUAACAAAAAUCAUCCCACCUAAGCAGGGUGAUACCUCCAAUUCCCCAACUAAAACCACCCCAUACAAACAGACUGAUAUCCUCAAUUCCCCAGCCAAAACCAUCCUACCCAAGGAGGCUGACACCCCCAAUUUUUCAGCAAGAACUAUCCCCCCCAAGCAGGCUGACACCCCCAAUUUUUCAGCAAAAAUCAUCCCAUCCAAGCAGGCUGACACCCUCCAUUCUUUAGAAAAAAUUAUCCCACCCAAGCAAGAUGACAUCCCCAAUUCCUCAGAAAAAAUCACCCUGCCAAAGGAAGAUGGCACAUCUGCUUCUUCAGAAAAGAACAUCCCACCCAAGCAGGGUGACACCAAUUCCUCAGUAAAAUCCAUCCUGCCUAAGCAGGGCAAUAACCCCAAGUUCUUAGCAAAAUCCAUUCUGCCCAAAGGGGCCAACACCCCCAAGUUGUCAGCAAAAGCUUUCCAGUCUAAGCAGGUCAACAGCCCCAAGGUCUUAGCAAAAACCAUCCGGUCCAAGCACAGCCACACUUCCAAGUCUUCAGAGGAAAGCCUCCUGCCCAGAGAGGGUGACACCAAAUCCUCAGAAGAUACCAUCCACCCCAAGGAGGGUGACAUCCUCAAGUCCUCAAAAGAAACCAUUCAGUCCAAGGAGGGUGACAUUCCCAAGUCGUCAGAAGAAGCCAUCCAUCCCAUAGAAGGCAGUGUCCAGAAGCCAUCAGAGACAAUGGAACUCUUGGAGGUGGACUUGGUGAAAGUGAUCCUGAGCAAGGAGGACUUUGAGUUGGCGCUCAAGGAGGCCGGGGAGAAGCUGGUAGCCGUGGACUUCUCAGCCACCUGGUGUGGGCCUUGCAGGACCAUCAGGCCCCUUUUCCAGUCCCUGUCCUUGAAGUAUGAGGAUGUGGUGUUCCUGGAAGUGGAUGCUGAUGAGUGUGAGGAGCUGGUGAGAGACCUGGAGAUCAUUUGCAUCCCAACCUUUCAGUUUUAUAAAAAAGAAGAAAAGGUGGGAGAAUUUUGUGGUGCUGUUAAAGAAAAACUCGAAGCAAGCAUUGCAGAAUUAAAGUAAUUGUGAAUUCUGAAAGCAGUGUUAACAGUCAGCUGGUUAUAGUUUGUGAUUUUUUUAUUUAUGUAAAGAGAUGAGACAUAAUGAAAAUGUAUGUCUGAAUGACACCUGCUCAUAAAUGAUGAAGUGUUAACUCCACUUUUUCAAAAAGUAGUAAAAGCAUGAAAGCAUGUUGUGACCAUGCUUUCGUUGGUAGGAAAGUGUGAUAUUAGAAUUUCCUUUGGUGGAGAUUGGGAGUCUACCUGUCUCCUAUUUUUUUGAUCAUGAUUUUUUUGGAACUCACCCUUGAAAAUUCAGUUCAUUUUGUGUUAGUGGCAACAUUGGAAAUUCAGACAAUUCUUCUGUAGAAGUACAUGAUUUUAAGAUGAGUGGAGACUUCUUUUCUCAUUUGGGGUUUCUGAUAAGAUGCUUUGGGAAAUAAAGAAUUUGAAAGGUUCACAUAUCCUACCUAACCUCCUCUAAGUGCGGGGAGUGCUACGGAGGCCUCAGGAAAUCCCAUGGGCUCACCAAGCCUGCAUGGGAUUCUUUGGUGGUAGAGUCAAGACCAAAACCAUGUUCCCAGAUCUCAAGUGCAGCAGGCCUCUUUCUACUAAUCAUGCCCACAAAAUCCGAGACAGACCUCCCAGCUUCUGGUUUCUCAUACCAAGAGCUUUACUAUUCAAGUCAAAGUCAGGGUGAUCUUCAAUGCCAUUAUGACAUCAGCUCACUGGUGACAGAGUUUGUACUUUGUCUCCUGGUAACUGGAUUUCUGAAACCUGCUCCCACAUGUCUCAGAGCCCAGAGGCCCAGGUCUGGGUCACAGAUGGUAGCUUGCUCCAGAGUUUUUGUGUUUUAAGAAAAUGUGAUACACACACAUAUAACAGCAUGUAUUUAAUGUAUACAAUUUGAUGAAUUUGGGCACAUGCAUACACCCAUGACAUCAUUAACACAGUCGAGGUAAUAAACAUACCCCUCACCUCCA